AUGCUUCCCACUCCUGAUACCUCGCAUGUCUCUUUUGACACCAUUUAUGAACCCUCUGAAGACUCAUACCUUUUCUUGGACACACUUUCAUCAGCAUCAGAAUCAAAAUGGCUGUCUGAAAGGUUUCAAAAAGGCACCGACUCGCCAAAUCCUAGUACAGAUCCCGUGCCCUUAGUGGUAGAGGCAGGUACAGGAUCUGGUGUUGUGCUAGGAUUUGUAGCAGCAAAUUCACAAGCGAUCUUUGGACGUCAAGAUAUCCUCACACUGGGAACAGACGUAAACCGAAAUGCCUGUCUUGCCACAAGAGAAACUGUGUCUCUGGCCAUUAAAGAAAUUCAAAAGAAAGACAUCACCAACCACCCAAAUCUACAUACCGUCCAUGCUUCUUCUGUCACAGCAGACUUGUGCACGUCUUUACGCCCAGGAAGCGUAGAUGUCCUGCUUUUCAACCCACCUUAUGUACCAACAGAGGAUCUUCCACGUCUACCCAAUGCCUCUGAUAAUGAUCCAGCCAUCUCAAAGGCUAUGUCUCGGUCUGCAAAGUUCGAUAGCGACUCGUACUUCCUUUCGUUGACUUAUGCCGGUGGCGCAGAUGGGAUGGAAACGACAAACCGCUUGCUAGAUGCCAUCCCCGGCAUUCUGUCAGCACGAGGCGUGGCAUAUGUUCUGCUCUGUAAACAGAAUCGACCAGAGGAAGUAAAGGAGCAAAUUCGAGGAUGGGGUUGGAGUGCGGAAACUGUUGGCUCAAGUGGUAUGCAAGCCGGCUGGGAGAAGUUGGUCAUUGUUCGCAUAUGGAAAGAGAAUAUCUCGAUCUGA